CCAACCACGUUUGGGGAGGCGAAGAAUGUCGACACGGAGAAGCCGGCGACUGCCGAGACUCCCGCUGAGGAGCCAGCCACAUUGAGUAGCGACAAAGUUGAAGAGGCCCAUGUGCCUGAGACCCAAGAGACUGAUGCACCUACGACUCUUGGCGAGGAGCCUGUUUCGAGUGCUGUAGAACCGCCAUCUGAGGAGCUGUCUAAGCCCAAGGACGUUGACGAACCGGAACCGUCCCAGGAGAAAAAAGAGGAAGCGCCUAAGGAGCCUGGCCCCACCGAAGAGGCAGCAGACAAACCUGCCUCAGUCGAGCCGUCCGCAGAGGCUUCCGAAACACUUGAAUCCGAAAAACCACAAGAAGAAGCACCCAAGGAAGCCACCUCCACUGAGCAGGUAUCUGAGGAACCUGCUUCAGUCGAGCCAACAACCUCAGAGGCUCCCGAAACGCUCGACUCUGAAAAGCCGUUAGAGGAAGCGCCUAAGGAGCCUGGCCCCACCGAAGAGGCAGCAGACAAACCUGCCUCGGUCGAGCCGACCGCAGAGGCUUCCGAAACGCUUGAAUCCGAAAAGCCGCAAGAAGAAGCACCCAAGGAAGCCACCUCCACUGAACAGGUAUCUGAGGAACCUUCAGUCGAGCCAGCAAUCUCAGAGGCUCCCGAAACGCUUGAAUCCGAAAAGCCGCAAGGAGCUCCCAAGGAGCUUGCCCCCACCGAGAAGGCAGCAGAGGAACCUUCCUCAACCGAACCAACAACCUCAGAGGCUCCUCGACCGCUCGAUUCCGAAAAGCCGCAAGAAGAAGCGCCCAAGGAAGCCGAACCCAGCUCUAUCACCGAAGAGGCACCAUCCCAGCCUUCUGAACCAAAGGCCGAGGACACGAUCCUGAACCAAAGUCAGUUACACCUAGACCUGCUCGUUUGCGCCUUCAUCCUUUGUGCUCUCGCCAUGACCUUCCGCUAA